GAGGAAAAUGGAAGCUUUAUUUUUGUGAACAAUAUGUACACAACCAACAUUCACCCCCUUAAGAUUAUGCGAAAAUCAAUCCUGUCAAGGAGUCAUAGACAAGUGCAGAACAAAGAUGCAAAAAUGCUUAAAAGAAUGGAGAGGUUGAGUCAAAAUGGCACUGGAUAGUAAGUGUAAUAAAAAUGCAGGAGAAACUGAAAUACUUAUGCAACAGAGCGAACAGGUCUUAGAUAAAAAUAUUCUAGCGACUGGUUAUCAGGCCGUUGAUCUCGAGAAUCCGUGCUAUUCUGAAGAGUAUUUCAGUGUUGUUAGUUUCAAGCUGUUCUUAGCAAAAUUCAAGGCCUUGAGACUACAAAAUAUUGACAAGUUGGUCAUAAACAAACAGCCAAAUGAAAGAAGAAAGAUCUAUGGAGAGUACUUUACGCCUAUGAAGCACCACUUGAAGUACUUAGACAUCAUUUCAGAAAAUAAGAAUGCCAAACUCGGGUGGAAUUUAGCUUUUAUUACUUUGAACGCAUACAGAAUCAAGACGCUAAAUGUUCAGAAUUUCAUAGUGUCAAUUAAGCAAUUUAACAGGAUUCUUCAGGCUUGCAGUUCAGCCAAACACCUCUCAUUUAGUAAUUGCAAGUUUAUAGGCAUGGAUGGCUCACAGUUGAGUUAUAAUGCAGGAAAUAACUCCAAGGGACAAUCCGUAGUCAGAAUGCUAAGUGUAACAAACUCCGAGCUCCAAGACUGAGAAGAGAUGUUUGAUUAUUUCAUGAAGAAAAUACAACUUGAAGAUGGAGUCAAAGUGAUAUACAACUCCAAUACUGCAUUAUUUAGUUAAUUCAAUCCAAUAAGCCAAUUCUGGG